GUGCGUUGCAGUUUCAUAAGUAAUAGGAGUGAACCGUCUUUCUAUAGUCUUUGAAUCACACUCUAUAAUGUCAUAAUACUGAUCAGGCCCUCAUGCCAGGAGCAUUUCAACAGAGGUACAGCAGUAAUGAAUCUAGAAAUUUGCUGCAACUCAUUCAGUUUACAUUCAUCUAAAUCAGUUAUUGAAUUAAUGUAAUUUUUUCAGUAACAUUUUACAAUACGUUCCCAUUAGUUAACAGUAGUUAAUGUUUUAAAUGGGCUAUACUGUAUGUAGAAUUCUGAAACCCGUGUUAUUAGCAUCACUAGUGGCCGUUAAGUGAACUGCAGCCAGCAACUUAUCGCUCGUGCUCGUAAUCGUGUACACAUAAUGAAGUGUCUGAGCGUGAUUCAAGGCCUAGAUAUAAGUUACUCAAGGCGAAAUUCUUUUUCUAAAUUAUUUGCUUAGAAGUUAAUAUAAGUUGGAAAUGGCCUACCUUUGCUGCAAUAUACUUUUAACGAACACCCGACGUCGUCCACGCUGCUGAGAGCGACGGUUAGAUGAAUAUGUAAAUAUUUGCUGCGCGCACUUUCUUCUCAAUACAAAAUAAACGCCACAAAAAUGACUGCUGAAGUAGUAGUAAAAAAGCAUUUGAGUAGCGACGUGGGUACUUGCACCAGCUCGAUUCACCGGCAUCAUGUCAGCGACAGAUGAGGCAGAGGGCUGUUUUUCGACCUAUCUUGCUCCUCCGUACAAAAGACGCCAGGUUUGUCUGUUCAUCAUUUAGUGAGGAACAUCAAGCGUAUUAUUGAAUGAUGGGACGGCAGAGAUGAGUCUUCGCUCACAUAAACUCUCCCCAGCGGUGCCUCUGGUCGACACAGAUCCAGGGCCCCCUUUCCUGCACUUGUCCAAAGAGACACAGGGUGUUAACAGGUCUUGUGGAGAUUUGUUUGAUGCACCCAUUGGAUGUUGUGAAGACCAGGUUUCAAAUCCAAAGAGGGAAGGGUGACCCAAAUAGCUAUAAAGGCCUUGGAGACUGUUUCAGAACUAUAUUUCGCACUGAGGGAGUAUACGGCUUCUACAAGGGAAUCCUUCCCCCAAUUUUGGCCGAGACCCCAAAGAGAGCAGUGAAGUUUUUUACCUUUGAGCAGUACAAGAAGCUGUUGAGCUUUACUCCUUUAUCACCCGGCCUGGCUCUCUCUGUGGCCGGCCUGGGGUCAGGGUUAACCGAAGCACUGGUUGUAAAUCCAUUUGAAGUAGUGAAAGUGAGCCUACAGGCCAACAGGGAUUCAUUCAAUGUGCAACCCUCUACGUUUGUUCAGGCCAGAACUAUUAUAAACACAGACGGCUUUGGCCUCCGUGGGCUUAAUAAGGGCCUGACCUCCACCCUAGGACGGCAUGGCGUUUUCAACAUGAUCUACUUUGGUUUCUACUUCAACGUUAAAGAUGCCAUACCUGCCAGUCAGGACCCUCGACUGGAAUUCAUGAGGAAAUUUGCCAUCGGUUUGGUUUCAGGAACGGUCUCAUCCUGUGUGAACAUUCCUUUUGAUGUCGCUAAAAGCCGUAUACAGGGUCCUCAGCCUGUUCCAGGGGAGAUCAAGUACCGCAGCUGCUUUCAGACCAUGGGCCUUGUGUACCGUGAGGAAGGAUAUCUUGCCUUAUAUAAAGGACUGAUUCCCAAGAUAAUGAGACUUGGACCAGGAGGUGCAGUUAUGCUGCUGGUUUAUGAAUACGUAUCUGGCUGGUUGCAGAAGAACUGGUGAUAAUCUGCACAUGACCAUCAGUCUGUACUCCAUCGUCCCCCAGGUCUAUCAAACAGAAUGACAUGCCUGUUCUACAGCAAUCACACUGCAGACCAUGUUUCAAAAUCACGGUUUCUCAGAUUUGUGACAUGUAGACUCUCCACCACUGAUGCUUUACAACACCACAGUCACUCCCUGAAUCUACGUGACAUUCCAACUCUUGUUUAUAUAUAACAUAACACAACACUGAGACAUAUCUGAGAGUUACCUGUCCACAUGCCAGCAUUUGUAUUAGUUACCAGCUCUACACACCCUAACUGAAAAUACCAAAUAGAAACAGCACCUAAUUUUUAACUUUAAGGCAUAGUUCAACCAAAAAUGAGAAUUAUGCCAUGAUUUAUUCACCCUCAAGCCAUCCUAGAUCUAAAUGACUAUCUUU